GGAGAAGAGGAGGGGCUCUUGCUUUCCUUCCUUGCAUGUGCACGCAUGCGCAGGGGAAGGGGUUUGCUUCCGGACUGGGAAAGAGAACGGGAAGCGCUGCAGAGAAGCUGAAGGGGAGAAAAGCAGCGCAGCAGGAGCCUUGAAAAGCUUACUUAAAAAUGCAGGGACCACCUUUGGAGAUGGAAGCUACAAUCCCUGAAGAAGGAGGAGUUUUCAUGGAGCAGGGGCAGAGGGUGCAGGCGGUGGAGCGUGCCCAAGAUGCCCUCUCCUGUGGAACAAGUGAAGAGAUGUUAUUGAGCUUUUGUCUUUUCCAAGGUGUGGGAACAGCUGCUGCACCUCCAAUCCAGGGUCCCUUUUCCUUUGAGGAUGUGUCCAUCUCUUUCACUGAGGCAGAAUGGGCUCUGCUGGAUCCGGGACAAAGAGCUCUGUACAGGGAAGUCAUGCUGGAGAACUAUGGGAAUGUAGCCUUUUUGGCAGAAAAUGAUCAGAGGAAUGAGGAGGGUGAAAAACUUCAUCAGAAAAUGCCACAGAGAGUAAAAAAUGAAGACUUGAAUGAAAACGUCAGGAGUAAAGGCAGACCUAAAAGAAAGACAGGCAGUGCUAUGGUUGAGAAGCGUGACGGAAGAAAGUGGAAUGUACAUUUUUCAAACCAAAAGAUAUUGAAGGCAAGGAAAUCCAUUCAAUGUGGAAAGUAUUUCAGAAAUAGAUCACAGCUCCUUGUAAACCAAAGAAUACACAAGGAGGAGACACCUGAAUAUUCAGAUAUGAGAAAUGAAUUCAGUCAGAGUAGCUUUCUUCAGCUUCAUCAAAAAACUCUCAAAGGAGAGAAACCUUUUAACUGCUCAGAGUGUGGAAAGAGAUUCAGUACAAGUAGCAGUCUUCAAUGUCAUCAGAGAAUCCACACAGGGGAGAAACCUUUUGAAUGCUCACAGUGUGGAAAGGGAUUCAGUACAAGUAGCCAUCUUCAGCAUCAUCAGGGAACUCACACAGGGGAGAAGCCGUUUGAAUGCUCAGAGUGUGAAAAGAAAUUCAGUUGGAAGGGUCAUCUUCAAUAUCAUCUGAGAACCCACACAGGGGAGAAACCUUUUGAAUGCUCAGAAUGUGGAAAGAGAUUCAGUACAAGUAGCCAUCUUCAGCAUCAUCAGAGAACUCACACAGGGGAGAAGCCGUUUGAAUGCUCAGAGUGUGAAAAGAGAUUCAGUACUAGUGGCCAUCUUCAGUGUCAUCAGAGAACCCACACAGGGGAGAAACCUUUUGAAUGCUCAGAGUGUGGAAAGGGAUUCAGACACAGAGGACAUCUUCACCGGCAUGAAAGAACACACACAGGCGAGAAACCUUUUGAAUGCUCAGAGUGUGGAAAGAGAUUCAGUCAGAAGGGUUAUCUUCAAUAUCAUCAGAGAACCCACACAGGGGAGAAACCUUUUGAAUGCUCACAGUGUGGAAAGGGAUUCAGUACAAGUAGCCAUCUUCAGCAUCAUCAGGGAACUCACACAGGGGAGAAGCCGUUUGAAUGCUCAGAGUGUGAAAAGAGAUUCAGUUGGAAGGGUCAUCUUCAAUAUCAUCUGAGAACCCACACAGGGGAGAAACCUUUUGAAUGCUCAGAAUGUGGAAAGAGAUUCAGUACAAGUAGCCAUCUUCAGCAUCAUCAGAGAACUCACACAGGGGAGAAGCCGUUUGAAUGCUCAGAGUGUGAAAAGAGAUUCAGUACUAGUGGCCAUCUUCAAUAUCAUCAGAGAACCCACACAGGGGAGAAACCUUUUGAAUGCUCAGAGUGUGGAAAGGGAUUCAGACACAGAGGACAUCUUCACCGGCAUGAAAGAACACACACAGGCGAGAAACCUUUUGAAUGCUCAGAGUGUGGAAAGAGAUUCAGUCAGAAGGGUUAUCUUCAAUAUCAUCAGAGAACCCACACAGGGGAGAAACCUUUUGAAUGCUCAGAGUGUGGAAAGAGAUUCAGUUUCAAUGGCGAUCUUAAAAAGCAUCAGAGAACACACACAGGAGAAAAACCCUUUGAAUGCUCAGAGUGUGGAAAGAGAUUCAGUUGUAGUGGCAAUCUUCAACAGCAUCAGAGAACACACACAGGGGAGAAGCCGUUUGAAUGCUCAGAGUGUGGAAAGAGAUUUAGUACUAGUGGCCAUCUUCAAUGUCAUCAGAGAACCCACACAGGGGAGAAACCUUUUGAAUGCUCAGAGUGUGGAAAGAGAUUCAUUCAGAGUGGCAGUCUUCAGCGUCACCAGGGAACCCACACGGGGGACAAACGUUCUGAAUGCUUAGAGUGGAAAGAGAUUCAGAACUAGUGGCAGUUUUCAAAAGCAUUAUAGAACCCACACAGGGGAGAAUCCUUUUGAAUGCUCAGGGUGUGGAAAGAGAUUCAGCACGAGUCGCCAUCUUCAGCAGCAUUGUAGAAACCACAGGAGAAAUUAUUUGAAUGCUCAGAAUCUGAAAAGAGAUUUAGUCAGCGUGGCCAUCUUCAACAGAACCCACACAGGGGAGAAAUGUUAUGAAUGCUCAUAGUAUGGAAAGAGAUUCAGUUAGGGGGAAUCUUCAAGAAAAUCAAUAAACACAGGGGAGAAACCUUUUGAACUCUCAGAGUGUGGAAGCAGAUUCCGCUGCAGAAACACUCUAUGAUGGCAACUGAGAAUCCACACAACGAAGACACAAUUUUAAUGUUUGUUGCAUUGAAAGAGAUUCAGUCAGAGCGGUACUUUUCUGCUGUGUCAGGAACAUAAGAACUUUUCUCCCUU